AUAACUUUCCUUCUUGCGAGCCGGUUCCCGUCCAGCCCUUUGGCGCGAAACGAGCACACGGUGGUGGUGGUCGAUUGCAAAGUUUUUUGCAAGUUGUGUCUGUUUGAGGCCCGUCUUUUGGCGGUGACUUUUGUCGUUUAAAGUUGUGCGCUUACUGUGAGCAUCGGUUUUUUUCGGUGGUGUAUCCCUUAACUGUUGCGUGCUGUCGAUUGCCAUCAGCGACGAAACAGAUUUAAAUUAACUACAAUCAUCCAAACAACGGUCCGGGAACUGUUUUCGGGGAUAUUUCGGAGGGAUAUUUGUCUCCAGCGCCGGGAACCUGCCCGCUAAAACAAGGGCUCGUUGAUUUAUUAUCACUUUAACGAUACACCCGUUCCCCCGGAGGGUACCUCCUUCGUGUAACCCGGAGGCCUUUUCCACGCGAUUGGAAAGUUUGAUCAAUAUCAAAAAACGGUUUGAUAGUAGCGAGGCUACUCGAGGUUUGUUUGUUUGUGCUCCCGUUUUGUAAUUCUUCGACAUUUACCCACUGCACAUCGGUGCAAGUCGGUCGAUCGUACUGGGCGGUAGUAAUUUUCGCGCGGGAAAUUCGUUUUCCCUCCGAUACCAGAACUUUCCGGGCGACAGUCCUUCGGUGCUUGUGUGCGUGAAAGUGCGUAUUCUUGCUGUCAAUCAGUAGCUGCGGCAGCCCGUUCGAGCCGAACCAAGUUCGCCAACUGCACGCCAGAGCCAGAGAUGAUACCCAUCCUCAGCAAGUUUGAUCUGAAAGAAGGAGUGAAACAGAUCGUCGGCGUCUCCGAUAUCACCGAGAAUCGCAACAUAUGGCGCAUGCUGAUUGCCGAGUUUCUCGGCACCUUCUUUUUGGUCGCGAUCGGCAUCGGUAGCACGACGGGCUGGACCGACUACAGUCCCACGCUUACGCAGAUUGCGUUCACCUUCGGCCUGGUGGUCGCCACGCUAGCACAGGCUUUCGGGCACGUGAGCGGAUGCCACAUCAAUCCGGCCGUCACGAUCGGGCUGAUGGUAACUGCCGACGUCAGCAUACUGAAGGGUGCUUUCUACAUUGUUUCGCAGUGCAUCGGUGCGAUCGCAGGAGCAGCCGUCAUUAAGGCCGCCACCCCGUCAGAAGUGGUCGGAGGACUCGGUGUGACCGGUAUCGCCCCGGGACUGUCCACCGGGCAGGGUGUCCUGAUCGAGGCGCUCAUCACCUUCAUGCUGGUGUUCGUCGUACAUGGCGUGUGCGAUAAUCGGCGCACGGACAUCAAGGGUUCGGCUCCACUUGCUAUCGGGCUUUCGAUCACGGCCGGCCAUCUGGCAGCGAUUAAGUACACCGGCGCCAGCAUGAACCCAGCCCGUUCGUUCGGACCGGCCGUUGUGAUGGGUAAUUACACCGAUCUGUGGGUUUAUUGGGUCGGUCCGAUUGUCGGUGGCAUUGUCGCCGGUGCCGUCUAUCGUCUGUUCUUCAAAGUAAGAAAAGGUGACGAGGAAUCAAAUUCAUACGAUUUUUAAAAACCCUUCUUCCCAAACUUCCCCCCUAAGAAAGGCAACAUAAAUUGUGUAGAUCAUUUCCGACCGACCAGCAAAUUGCAAGAACAGAACCAUCGCCAGCAAUCGUCCUUGUGCGCUACUGAAAAAAUGGCGAUUGAAAUCAUUGUUUCGUCCUUGUUAUCAAAUUGAUUCGUUAUGAAAUUUUAAUGUCUUGUUGUGUGUGUGUGUAUGUUAAAAUGUUCGUGUUUGUGUUAAGUGCGUGUGUGGACAUCAUCAUUUGGAAUCUGGAAUCUCAAUCAAUCUAACAAAAAAAAAACUCAUUUACCCCCUACGUGGUUGGAAUUCAUUCCCGUCCCAGCUGAAUUAAUCAACACAAUCCUGUGUCGCGUGUCCUUACAGGAUGCAUUUUAAUGCAUAAUUCUUAUAUGUGUGUGUUUUUCUUUCUCAUUUUCUCGUUUAACUUCCGCCCGGUUUGCAGAUGAACACUAACAAAGUAGGACAAGUGACUAACGACGUUCAGUACAUUUAGCCCGGAGCGUAAUCCGCUAGCCCAUCUCGAUAGCUUCUACUACAAUUAACCUGACGUCCCGUGUGUCCUCCGGUUCCGGGUGUCAAACCUCGGGAAGAGCAUCACAACUCAUAACAACUACGCAUUCACCAUACAUCCAAAACAUGGCCUUAUAAUGAGGAUCAAGCGAUCCUAACAUGGUGGAGCUUCAGCUUGACUGUUGACUACCUGGAGUUUGGUGACAUAGGCCUUACCGAUGCAACACAUCCCAAAAUGCAUAACGAUGCAGCGCCAAACAUGCACAGCCGAUUGGAACUACUAAACCUUCUGAUUUGAUGAUUCAACGCUAACCAACUCCUUACCAAAUUGGGGGGCUUCAAGGAACCUCGGUGCUGAAGAGAAUUUGCAGAAGGCGUUCCAAGUUCAUGCCUAAUCAAUGUAUUAACAGUGUUUGUUAAGGAUGGCUUAUCUGACUAACUAUCAAUUAACAGCGGGCAAAAGAUGAACACCAAACCUAAUUAUCACUGAUAUUAGCACUAACACCACACAUGUAUUCGUAGUGCGUUUCCACGGCAGGAAGCAACUAACCCUGGCAGUAGCUUAGCGUUUCUGUUUGGUAGUAGUUAAUAUACAUUCAACUGACACCAUAACCACGUUUCCACCGUGCUAGCAAAAAGGGAUGGACAAAAUUGUAAAGCAAUAGCUGGUUUGAAUAUUUUUCCUGUUCCACCUGCAAACGUACUCCAACUGCAAAUGCACAUUUGAUCAGCUUCAUCACACUAUGGCAAGCACACAAGGACCACAAGCGACCGGGUAGGCGAGCAAGGCAGUAGAUUUUUGGGAUUAAACUGUAGAAGCGAUUUCCUUACACCUGUUGGUCGGGGUUAUGUUGUCUAGGUUGCUCCUUUUUGCUCCACGUCUCGUUCUGUUUUGUUGUGUUUUUUUUUCUAUUUUAUUGUUUUUAUUUACUGCUGUGUUUGUUGAAACUGUAGCACACGCACACUCGUUCUCUGUAAGAUUCUUAUCGCAUAUUAUGUAUUAUUUAAAUGAAACUUCACGACUAUUGUUAGAGCAGGCUAAAACUGGGAAGGAUAGGCAGCUUUGCAUGCAUGCAACAACAUCGUCCACUGUGUUUGCGCAUAAAUGUAGACAUGAUAGCAUGAUGAUGAUGAUGAUGAUGAUGAUAGUAGCUUGAUGGCCUACCGAGUAGCUCCAGAAUUGCCGAUAGUACCGUUUUCCGAAGGAUCAAUGCUUAUUAUGUCACUUUCAACCAGCAAAUGCAAAACAGGAAAAGAAAAUCUUUAAAGAUAAUUCAUUAAUCCCACUUCAAGCAGAGCAAAAUUGUGACGCAAAAAAAUCGAACAAACAAACAAACAAAAACAUGUUACACGCUAUCCGUAUCCGUAAACAUCAUCCAUCAAUUAGGGAGAUCCGAUUCUAUCCGUAAGUUCUAUUUAUGUAUCAUAUACAUCGGAAUUUACCAAAAUAGUGUUGUUGUGGCAGUGAGAGAGAGAGAGAUAUAGUGUGUGUGAGAAAGAGAGAAGAUCUUUAAAUGAAUAAAAAUAAUGUUAAACGAUA